AUGAGGGCCUUCCGUACGCUGCUCGCUGCCGCUGCCCGCCGUGACGACCCGCUGAAGAUGGUGCUGGUGGUGCGCACGGAUUUGGGGCUCAAGAAGGGCAAGAUUGCAUCGCAGUGCGCCCAUGCGGCCGUCAUGUGUUGCAUGAGGGCGGCGACGGCCGGGAGCGACACGCACCGGCUGCUUGACUCCUGGCUCGCGCAAGGUCAACCGAAGAUCGUACUGAGGGUGGACGGUUCGGAGGAGUUGCAUUUACUAACCCAACGGGCGACCGCGGCCGGUGUGAUCGCAGAGAUCGUGCGAGAUGCCGGAAGAACGCAAGUGGCCAGCGGAACCGAAACCGUGCUUGGUCUGGGCCCGGAACGUAGCGAAGUGAUCGAUACCUUGGUGGGGAACCUUAAGUUAUUGUAGAUGAUGAUAACGAUGAUGGAUUGUAAAUAGAUUGUUGUUAGUUGGAA